AUGGCUGAGGCUGUUCGCCAACGCGUUACGGGAGUCAAACAGGAACUCCGAAGGAAGACCAAGGUAGAGGGAUGGGUUUUACCGAAGCAAGAGUCUAGUUGGGCUCCGCCAGGAACAUGGACCAACCUCGAUCUUGACGUGACGCCCCUGGCGCGUCGUACUUGGACAAGCUUGACGAUUCUAGGAUACUGGAUCAGUGAUAUUAUCAGUAUUCAGUCAUGGGAGACUGGGAGCACUAUUUUGGCUGUCGGGUUGACAUGGCGCGAAGCGAUCUUUAGUAUCAUCUUCGGCUCUUCAGUCAUGGCCGUGCCUAUGGCUUUGAACGGGUAUACCGGAGCAAAGACACAUGUGCCGUUCCCUGUCCUCGCACGAGCAUCCUUUGGCUAUCACUUCUCCAAGUUCCCCGUCAUCGUGCGCCUCAUCACCUGUCUCUUCUGGCACAGCAUCACCAACUUCCUGGCCGUUGCGCCCACAACGCAGGUCAUCCGCGCCAUCUGGCCCAGCUACCGCAACCUUCCCAACCACAUUCCCGAGAGCGUCGGCAUCACCACACAGCAGAUGGUCUCGUACUUCGUCAUCUGGUGCAUCCAGUUUCCCAUGCUGCUGAUCCCGCCGCACAAGAUGCGCUGGCUGUUCGUCGUCAAGGUCGUUAUGACCACCGCCACCGUUGUGGGAAUGACUAUCUGGAUCUGCACGAGGGCAGGCGGCUCCGGCAGCAUCUGGGACCAGAAGCCGACCGUCACGGGGAGCACCAAGAGCUGGAUGAUCAUGUGGAGCCUGAACAGCUGCACGGCGAGCUGGAGCACCGUCGGCGUCAACAUCCCUGACUUCACGCGGUACAUGAAGAAGCCCGGAUCCUCCCUCAGCCAGGCUGUCUGGUUCCCGCUCGUGUGCAGCUGGAUCGCCAUCAUUGGCAUUGUCGUCACCUCGGCGUCCGGCGUGCUCUUUGGCGAGUACCUGUGGGACCCCGUCUCGAUCAUCGAUACCUGGGAGGGACCGGCGGGACGCGCAGCAGCGUUUUUUGCUGGUGUGAGCUGGUGCAUUGCUCAGCUGUGCGUGAAUAUAUCGGCUACGGUCAUCUCGGGAGCAAACGAUAUGGCCAGCCUCUUUCCGAAGUGGAUUAAUAUCCGUAGGGGUGCUAUGAUAAUGACUAUCAUUGGCGGCUGGGUGAUGGUACCGUGGAAGAUCCUCCAUUCGGCGAGCAGUUUGUUGAGCUUCAUGAACUCGCUUGGUGUUUUCCUUGCCCCUAUUAUGGCGGUACAAAUCUCUGAUUUCUUCAUCGUUAAGAAACAAGCCAUCGACAUCCCGGCGCUGUAUCAACCGCACGGACGGUACGCGUACUGGCACGGCGUCAACUGGCGAGCCCUCACAGCCAUGGUCAUCUCCGUGACGCCCCAGCUGCCCGGCCUUGCCAACGCCGUCAACCCGAAGCUCUUCAUCGGCGGCGCCGUGUACAUCAGCAACCUGAACUGGUACUACGGUUUCUUCUCGUGCGCAUUGGUAUAUGUGGCGCUGAGUAAAUUCAUGCCGGCGAAGGAGUCGCUCGUGCCGAUGCUGAUUGAGUCGCCGGAGCAGCUGGUUGAAGGGGCAGAGGAUCUUGAUGAGAAGAGGUUUGAAGGGGAUGUGAAGAGCAAAGAGAUGGAUGAGUCUUAG